AUGCCUAUCGGUGGGCCGUGCCCUAUUUCCAGUGUCGGCAACAAGGAAUUCAUUGCCAAUGCGCCAUUGCACAACGGCACCGCCUCGAGAAUCAGGCGGGACUUUGUGGUCCCAAGCCAAUGCGUGUUCAUUGACGUCAGCACCGACAAGCUGUGGUCCGUCUGCGUUGAGUCUAUAGAGGUCUUCCGAAGUGAUUUAGAUGGCCACAGGAGGAAGAUACACUGA